AAUGCAAAGAAAUGAAAACCUGCCGUGAGAAACGGAGAGACGCCAAGGAGAGAGGAAAGACGGUGGGAGGAGGAAGACGUCGACGUCAAGAUGGGAUGCGCUGCGAAAACGAGGAGGGAGUGCAAGAUGAGCUUUCUGCGCAGUGUCUUGGCGUCUUCUUCGUCUUCUGCUUAGGCGCCUGAUUAGUCAUGAUAUGUCACGUGCCAUAAUGUAAUAUUCCACGUGACUUAGUGCAUCACAUGAUUUGACCAAUCAGCGACUUGCAUUUGCGACCAGAAAAGAACGUCGGGCCAGCGACGUCCAAUCGAGAUAUCCAAGACACCUCUUUCCUCCGCGACACACAAUCCCAUCGGUGCUGCAGCUCAAUUGCUCUCACAACGAUGGCGUCCAGGCGAUCUGUCCUGCGGCUAGGAGGCCGCCGCCCUUUGACCUCCGUCCAGACAGGCAGAGCCUCCAAUUCUCUGCGUCUUUUCUCCGUGUCUGCACAAUUCCAGGAUGCGAAGUUUGUAUCGAAGGAGGGAGUCCCUAACCCGCGCGAGGAGCCGCGACCUGGUAAACCGGACCCGGUUAUUUUGUCUUGAUUUGGACCCUCUCUUUCUCUCCUUUUUGCCCUGAAGGAACUUCGCAUUGCUGACACAUCUUGAUAGCCGUCGGUCAAUUGAACCGCCCGAUCGUCAACCCAACAGACAAAUAUAAAGAGACGUCCGCAAAAUUACAUACCUACGGCCAAUAUCUCAUCUCUUGUCUACCGAAGUACAUUCAACAGUUUUCGGUUUGGAAAGAUGAAUUGACCAUUUAUAUUCCCCCGGCUGGUGUCGUGCCUGUCAUGACCUUCCUUCGUGACCAUACCGCUGCCGAAUACACUCAAGUCUCGGAUAUAACUGCUGUCGAUUUCCCCACGCGAGAGUACCGUUUUGAAGUUGUCUACAAUCUUCUCAGUGUGCGCCAUAACUCCAGAAUAAGAGUCAAGACAUACGCAGAUGAGGCCACCCCAGUCCCUAGUAUCACUUCUCUCUACGAUGGUGCUCUCUGGUUUGAGCGUGAGGUGUAUGAUAUGUUCGGCGUGUUCUUCACCGGCCAUCCCGACCUCCGAAGAAUCAUGACUGACUACGGUUUUGACGGCCACCCUCUGAGAAAGGAUUUUCCUCUCUCCGGAUAUACGGAAAUCCGAUAUGACGAGGAGAAGAAGCGUAUUGUUGUUGAACCAUUGGAAUUGACACAGGCAUUCCGAAACUUCGAGGGCGGCUCAUCUGCUUGGGAAGGAAUUGGCCAGGGUGUUGACAGAAAACCAGACAACUUCAAACUUCCUACUCCAAAGCCUGAGGAGAAGCCUGAGGAGCAAAAGAAAUAAACCAAUUGUAUAUCACCUUCAAUACAUUACUGUUUUCGCUUGUUCUAUUUUAAUUGGUACAAUGGUAGAUUCGGUGGUUCAUCAUCUCAAUCCUUUCCUGCCGGAAAUUUUCCUUUACCAAAUUUAUAUACAGAUAACCCUGUGGGAGGCCACACUGAAAUGCUCUCAUAUCUACAUCCAGUCAUCGGGAACUGCGGCCGUUGAUGUAUAAGCCCCCAUAUCCAAUGUAAUCAGCUUAUCCAGCAAGGUCAUACAUCUGCUUUAAGUUACUAAAGUCAAGAUAAGGGACAUAAAACCUGCUAAUGAGGCACCGUAGCCUGAAACAUUACUUGGGGGGAGACGCCGGCCCCUUGCCUUGGGGUAGAAUUAGGGUGAUUACUAAGGACCCGUCGCGGUUCAUACUCAACCUUAUGGAAUCCAACACUCUUCAGGUUGCAAGACAAGAGACAUGCCUGGCGUACCCGACUCUCGCAAAGAGCCACCCAAGGAGUCCCUACUAUGCUAUUGCAAAGAGGAGUAAAUAAUUUUUCUUCUUCUGUCUGCAGUAUGACUUUGAAAGGGGCCAGAUUUGCUCCGCAUAGCGCCGUGGGUUGCGAUCCUGGUUCCCAUAACAAGAACUCCCAAAAAGUCAUGGAACGAGGAGGCGAGAGUCUGCAUAAGAGCUUUUCUCUUUAGACAGGCCGUCUGGAAUACCCCCACUCUCCAUAACUAUAGUACCGCAUAGACUUUAUGGAGUCUAAGCCUUAAGAAUGCCCUGCUCGAGAGUGGAGAUGCAUACCGGGUGACCUAGAUUGGUUUGAUCCCAAGACAAACAUAUUCGAACCGCUUAUUACGUACCGUCCGCAGAUAUAAUCGGAGUAAGGGAACGUAUCGAUUGUUACACCGAUGAUCCCAUAUACCCAGAUCCCAGUAGCACAUCGUAACCUAAUUGCGGAAAUUGCGGAGCGCUGACUGGGCUGAAUCGAGCAGUGGUAAGAUCCUUUAUCCCUAAGGUUUUGUAUCUAUCCAGACCAUGAUUCAAUAGCCGAAGAAGGCUACGCCAUCUUAUCCCCUCCAAAACUGAACGUUUAUCAAGAUGACUACCGGACUGACUCACCGUGGGCGGCCGAAAGAUAUGGUCUCUAGCUGGAGAUAUUCAACGAAGCGCUAAACAUAUUAUGGUCUCAAGUGAAACUAAUGCAACAUAUCAAGCUGCAAGGAAUCGUGCAACAUGAAUACCUACUGUGCUGUGAAUUACCCCUGAAUUAGAGGAAGGAAUCGCGAGACGGGCACGGAUAACAAGAAUUCUGACAUAUAGAGCCUAAUAAAGUCCAUGUUUUCACAUCCAUACCCCCACAGUUGCGCCCGCCAGAGGGAAAGAAAGCCUGCACUACGGCAAAAGUAGGCACUAUUUUAAUAUCUCCUGCCUCUCCUCAUCCAGCGUUUACUCCUUUAGGAGAUUGCCUGGCGUGAUAACAGCCUCUAAACGCUCGAGAUCUGCUAUAGCUGAAGCUCACGGCCUUGGCUGGUUAUUUCCCCGAGGUGGCACUGCGAGGCGGGCAUGUUGAGGUACAUCCCGUAUACCUUUGACUGGCUACUACUAUGGCCAAGCUUUGGAUUGCCGAUAUCUCGAUGCAAGCAUAUUCUUAGAUCAGUGACAUCAUACUACCGGCUUGCAUUUACGUAGACGUACUGCUAUUUUGUUGUGUUUGUUACUGUACUUCAAUGCUGUGCUAUUGGCUGAUGGUUCCAGUUACUGGUAUAUGCAUUCUCCAGCCCCGAUAGUUAAAUAUAUGAUACCACAUGGGAAGCCGUUUGAUGAAACCCCUGUCUAGGUAAUUAGUGAAUGUUGGGACUCCAUUGAGUGAUGACUUCACUCUCGACCAGAGAACUGAUGCGGAAAUUGCCUGGUUUCUCAUUUUCAGCCACUGCUGUGCAAUAUUACCAUGGAGACAUUGAGCUGUCUUUUUAUACUAUUGUGGUUAUGAUUAUCAGUGUACUGAAACCUGUCGACAUCCAUUGGAAAGCCCGGUACUUUCCAGUGAGUCUGCCGUUAUCCUUUCAAAUUCUCGCUAUCAGUAAUACCUAAGGUAGGCUUAACUACCCAGGUUGAAGAAGAGAACGAUACCAAGGCCCAAGUCUCAUUUACAUCGGACCCAUAACCUCUUCGUCCCCGUCCAGACUAAGCUAGUCCUAGAGUGUGGCGUUUGAGUCUCGAAGCAUCUAUCAUGCCUGAAGAUAUAAUUAGGCUUGUUUCAAGACAAGAUUCAACACAUGAACCAACGGCAUUAACGCUUACACUGGAAACGCAAUAAGGGCCUUUCUCUACUUUGAUUUUGACUUGGUUCACCGCACAAGCAAGUCUGAAUGGUAAUCAAGGGAGAAUAAAAGAACACACGGGUGCAACUUGAGGCCGAGUCCCAGCUAAUGGGCCGUAUUGCUAUGCAUGAAGAUUACCUAGGCAUGCAGGUGUCAACCCGGAAUACAUGCCCUUGGCAGCGGCGGCUUUCCGGACGUCGUGUUCAAUAGGGGCGCGGCAGGUC